AUGGGGGCUUGUAAUCAGCAUCGUCGUCUUCGUCGACCGGUGCUCGGUAUACUGAAGGCAUCGGCAACCUAUCACGUCCCUUCGCUGUACCUAUUACUGAAGGUCCCUCGCCCUAAUCAACGCGGAGGCGCCGAUGAGAUCGUUGUUCGAGUAAUUAAACGUAACAACGCAUGCGCCGACCCCGCCCAGCCGCGCAGCCUCCGCAGCCGCCCGCCCACCGCU